AUGGACGUUCAAGAGCACUUGCCACCACCGCCACCUCUUCAUCGUCCUCAAGACAAUCCUGCUCACUUGGCCCAUCAUUAUGCAUCCUCUCAUCUGGUGCAAGAGCAGUCCAAAGCACCUUCUUUGCCACCUCUAGCAAGUUUGCCACACUCUACGCCACUUGCAACGAGUCCCGAGAAGUCAUCAGGCCCAUCACAGCAAGCAACAACAACAACACCACCAACACCAGCAGGUCCUGGAAACAGUAGCAUGAUGAGUGGCACCACCAAAAAUGAGAUCCCGGCAUGCGUGUUUGCAAAGAGAAAGAGUAGCCCUGCUAUCCUUGGUGUGCCAUUAGGACUCGAUGAUGAAGCACAAGCUAAGCUUAGUUUGCAUCUUUCACGACAUCGUAAUUCGAUUGAAGCUGCUAUGCUACUUGCCAACCUUAAUCGACAGCCUGCUACGCCUGCUACUGCUACUAGUACUCCAGCAAGUGAGGAGGUGGAAUCCAAGCAAAUGGCGGAUGAUCAUGAAAAUGAUGAUCGAAUGUCAAUUGAUUCCGAUACUUGCUCACAUCGCCCUCGUCGCCAUUCUUUCCAUGCUGGCAUGUCAUGGGCUGAUAUGCCUGAGUCCUUUGUUGAACGAUAUCAAGAUGCUUCCACCACCACAUCUUCAUUGUCUUCAGCAUCUUCAUCCUCAGCAUCUUCUUUGGUGGCUGCUGCUGCUGCCGCUGGUCGUAGUAUGUGGAUGCCUGCAACUGCACUUUACAAGAUGGCGGGUGAUCAUCCUUUCCAUCAUCAUCAUCCAGGUUCCCCUUAUGUGGUUGUUCAUGGUGAAUAUCCUAUUCCUCCACCACAUCCACCACCUCCUGGUUCUGAGACAUCUUUGACGGGUGGUAUUCAUCCGCUGGCACGGACUACAACACCUACAUCAUCUUCGUCCUCAUCCGCUGCUGAUGAUAAUGCUGUAUCAGGUCAAAAACGUGAUCUCGCUCAUAUGGAAGCUCAUCAUCCACCUCCACCACCUCCACCUUAUUUUUCAUAUCACCCUUAUCCACCUCCACAUAUGCCACCUUCCUCUUCGUCCUCUUCUUCAUCGCCAUCCCCAUCCCCUUCUCAUCAUCAAGCUUUACCUCCAUUGCCACCACCACAUCACUAUUAUUAUCAACACCAUCCCUAUGCUGGAAAACUCCCCUUGCCUAUGCCUAUGGACGGUGUCAUUCCUGCACAUCACCCUCAUCAUCCUGCUUAUUCCGUUACUUCUGGAGCUACGGUUGCUGCACCACCAAGAGCACCUACCAAGCGCAAAAAGGCACGUACAGAGCUUGAUGAAGAUGAUAUGGCCAAUGCUGUCGAACCUGGUGAUCCCGAUUUCCCUGACAUGUCCCUCAAAGACAUUGAAGCUGCACGAAUGGAUAUUGAAGCUCGUCCACGUCGACAAAAAUUACGCUAUCCCGAAGACAAGUAUACACCUAAAUGGGUCCGUUACAAUGGUCAAGCCAAGGAAGGUCUAUGUGAUACAUGUCAACCUGGCAAAUGGCUUCAACUCAAGAAUAGCGCCUUUUGGUAUCACAAGCAAUUCUUCCAUGGUAUCUCAUCCGUCUCGGGUCAAGAAUUCAUGCAACCACUCGAAACACGCUGGGUUGACCAAGAUUUGGUGGAGGGCUUGUGCCAUCAAUGCUAUCAAUGGGUAUCCGUCAGCAAUGUCAAGAGGAAAAAUAGCGUACUAUGGUAUCGUCAUGCCCACAAGUGCCAUGUCUAUCACAAACCAAAAGCUACAGCCCCUAAACGCCGUUAA